AUGAGUUUAUAAAUAAAACUAUAUUAGUAAAAGAAAAACAAAAAAAGACUUUAGAAAAAUGUUUCAAAUUAAAAUCAAGUCUAUUAGACAUAAUAUUGUAAAAUAAUGUUAAAGUAAUCUUAAGAAGCUUCAAAAUUCUGUAUAUAAUUCAGUAGAAACUAGAGGAUUGUAAUUACUUAUGUAUAAUUAAAAAUUAAUGAUAUCUUAAAGGCUAGGAAAUUUGA